AUGACUUCCGAAAACCCUUACGCCGUCGCUGCCUCGGCGCCCGAUGGCCCCCUCGAGAAGGACUUCAGCCAAAGCCAAAAUGGCCUUCACAGCGAGCAGCUCGAUCCGCAUAUGGGAUCCGACGAGGCUCUGAGACGGGUCAGGACGGCGGGCAGCAUCUCCAUCUCGCCCGAGCUCUUCGAGAAGAUGUACCUGUCGCCUCAGAACCAGGUCAAAGGAGAUCUGCGCAAGAUGGUUGGCAACCCGACUCCACUUGCGUUGGUAGGAUUUCUGUUGUCGCUUUCACCACUUAGCUGCAUCCUCAUGGGCUGGCGAGGAUCGGGUGGUAGCGGAGCUUCCGGAACUGCGACAUACUUCUUCUUCGGUGGAGUUCUCAUGCUCAUGGGCGCCAUCGGUGAAUGGAUCCUCGGAAACACGUUCCCCUUCGUCGUCUUCGGAUCCUUCGGCGCCUUCUGGCUGUCCUUCGGCGGAACGCUGCAGCCCUUCUUCAACGCUUACGGCGCUUACUCGCCCGAUCCGAACAAUGCGGCUGCUGGACUGCAGACGGUUGGAUUCAAUUCGAGCUUCGCUUUCUUCCUGUUGGCGAUGAGUCUCCUGAGCUUCCUCUUCUUCAUCCUGGCUCUCCGAACCAACGUUGUCUUCGUUCUGAUCUUCAUUACCCUCACAUUCGGGUUUGCUCUGCUCGCAGGCGCCUAUUGGCAGACGUCCAACGGAAACGCGGGCCUGGCCACGGACCUGAUUGUUGCGGGUGGUGCCUUCCUCUUUGUGACGUGUGCCGGCGGGUGGUGGAUCUUCUUCGCCAUCAUGCUCGCGGCCUUGGACUUCCCCUUCCAGCUUCCAGUUGGCGAUCUGUCGACCAUGAUCAAGGGUGCAAGCCAGAAGAGGAAGUCGGCGGAGAGUCAGGUGUAG